GAGAGAGAGGGAGGGAGGGAGAGAGAAGUUGAGAGUCGAAGGAGUACGGACGUUGCUUUCGAAGGGGCAGGGAAAGACACGGCAACAAGACAGAUUUCUGCAACGUUGGGAUACAAAUCUGAAUUACCCGGCAGCUUUAAAGAGAAAAGGGAAAACAAUAUCGGUUAUUGCGAAACAGUAACAACGAAACAAAACCAAACACGACUUGGCGAAGAUGAACGGUUAAAAAGAAAAAUAGCACCAUAAGGAAAGACCGUCUGCCAAAAGAGGAAAAGAAACGAAGACCAAUGAUGGAAUGAUCGCGACAACAUGAAAAAGAAAAAGUGAGGAGGAAUAUUUUCGUUCAACGUUUGAAUCAACAACUGGACGAGAGAGCAACGGAGAGGAGAGCCUCUUCGAGACGCAGCAACCUGGAGCGCCUCACUUUGUCAUGGAGAACCCCACUUCUCUGAGCUUGGCUUUGCUGGGCGGCGGUGAGGAAGAGGACCAGCGCGCACCCCCUCCCCUGAGUGGUCUCCCCCUCCCGCCCACCGCCUCCAACCACGCCGGGGCGAACCACUCCAACCACACGGGGGUGUCCGGCGUCGAGCGGCUCAACGGCACCCCUUCGCCGACCGGGCCCUGCCUCCCCCCGGCCGGCCUCCCCCGGCUCCCGCUGGUGUCGGUGCAGCAGGCGCCCCCCUCCAUCCCGAACGCGCUGUGCCCCAGCAGCACCCCCCUCUCCUCCUGCCUGGGGAGCCAGCACAGCCUGAGCGGGGAGAACUCCCCCGCCUACAACGCCCUCUUCUACUCCUCCCACACGCCCUGCUCCGACAGGGAGCGGGACCGGGAGAGGGGCGAGCGGGGGUGCAAGCACCGGCAGGCCAGCCCCCUGGUGCACCGGCGGGACAGCAACCCCUUCACCGAAAUCGCCAUGAGCUCGUACAAGUACACGGGCAGCGUGGUGAAGCCGCUGAGCCGGCUGAGCUCGUCCCGGCGGAACCUCAUCGAGUCGGACAGCGGGAGCGACACGCGGGACGGGCGGGAAGGGCGGGACGGGCGGGACCGGGACCGGGAGACGCAGGGCGGGCCGCCGCCGGAGCCCCCCGAAAUCGUCAUCUCCUCCAAGCCCGACUCGCCCCACCGGCCGGACCCCGAGUCCACCGCCAACCAGGCGGCCGCCUGCCACCAGAACCACACCCUGUCCGGGAGCCGCGCCACCCUGGGGGGCUCCGGGGGGGGCGUCGGGGGCAGCAGGGCCAAUAACCUCGCGGGCGGGGGCGGGGCCGGGGCCGGGGGCGGGCCGGGGGGCGGAGCGGGCGGUGCAGGAGGAGUAGGAGGCAGGGGUGCCCACAAGGCCACCAAACGGAAGAACCAGAACAUCGGCUACAAGCUGGGCCACCGGAGGGCGCUGUUCGAGAAGAGGAAGAGGCUGAGCGACUACGCGCUCAUCUUCGGCAUGUUCGGCAUCGUGGUCAUGGUCAUCGAGACGGAGCUCUCCUGGGGCGUCUACACCAAGAGCUCCAUGUACUCCUUGGCCCUGAAGUGUCUCAUCAGCCUGUCGACCAUCAUCCUGCUGGGGCUCAUCAUCGCCUACCACGCCCGCGAGGUGCAGCUCUUCGUCAUCGACAACGGCGCGGACGACUGGCGGAUCGCCAUGACGACGGAGCGGGUGCUGCUGAUCGCCCUGGAGCUGCUGGUGUCGGCGGUGCACCCGGUGCCCGGCGACUUCACCUUCCAGUGGCGGGCGCGGCUGGCCUUCUCCUACACGCCCUCGGUGGUGGAGGCCGACCUGGACAUGGUGCUGUCGGUGCCCAUGUUCCUGCGGCUCUACCUCAUCGCCCGCGUCAUGCUCCUGCACAGCAAGCUCUUCACCGACGCCUCGUCCCGCAGCAUCGGGGCGCUGAACAAGGUGCACUUCAACACCCGGUUCGUGAUGAAGACCCUGAUGACCAUCUGCCCUGGGACCGUGCUGCUGGUCUUCAGCAUCUCUCUGUGGAUCAUCGCAGCCUGGACUGUGCGCGUCUGUGAGAGGUACCACGACUCUCAGGACGUGACCAGCAACUUCCUGGGAGCGAUGUGGCUCAUCUCCAUCACCUUCCUGUCCAUCGGCUACGGGGACAUGGUGCCCCACACCUACUGCGGCAAGGGCGUGUGCCUGCUGACCGGCAUCAUGGGGGCAGGGUGCACCGCCCUGGUGGUCGCCGUCUUUGCCCGGAAGCUGGAGCUGACCAAGGCGGAGAAACACGUGCACAACUUCAUGAUGGACACCCAGCUCACCAAGAGGAUAAAGAACGCGGCGGCGAACGUGCUGCGGGAGACCUGGCUGAUCUACAAGCACACCAAGCUGACCAAGAAGAUCGACCACUCCCGAGUGCGCAAACACCAGCGCAAGUUCCUGCAGGCCAUUCACCAACUGCGCAGCGUGAAGAUGGAACAGCGGAAGCUCACGGACCAGGCCAACACCUUAGUGGACCUGUCAAAGAUGCAGAGCGUCAUGUACGAUCUGGUGUCGGAGAUCAACGAGCGCAGCGAGGACCUGGAGCGGCAGAUGCUGGGCCUGGAGCGGCGGGUGGAGCAGCUGACGGUCGGCUUCAACAGCCUGCCCAGCCACCUGACCGCCACCCUCGCCGCCCAGCACACCGCCCUCCUGCACCUGCUGCGGGAGAGGGGCGGGCCCGGGGGCGGGGCCGGGGGAGGCGCCGAGGGCAGCCCCAACACCAGCUCCUCCAGCUGCUGAGGGGGGAGGCGGAGUCAGACUGCGAGGGCGGGGGCGGAACCCCACACGCACGCGGAACCCCUGGCUCCACAGGGUGGGCGGAACCAGGGGGGAAGGGGGAAGGCAGACACAAGGGGGUGUGGUCUACACAAAGGGGGAGGAGACAAGCACAGCUGGGCCAAGCAAACAUUUCUGCAGGGAACGGGGACGCUGAUCUGACCUUUUUGACGGAGGUCAGCCAUAUUGGGGCAAUCUACAUCUCGGUGUCGGCAGUUUGUCGAAGUCUGGGGGGAAGUUUACGUCGCCCUGUUGAAAAUCAACUGCUGAGCGGUUGGUCGCUUUCAGCUUAAGGUACCUUAGCCUUUUCAUUACUUCUGGGAUACCCUGAGGGAGGCUAAAAAACAUCCAUUAACGAGGGUUUAUUUAUAAGUCGAUUGCCCCAAAAUGGUAGCAACAGGCACGGCGUGUUCCUCACUCCACUUUCAAUAUAUAUUAAUGCGGGCAAUUAACCAGGUGACACUAACUCCAACUAAUGAGGAAGUCUGCGUGUGCGUGUGUGUGUGUGAGAGAGAGAGAGAGAGAGAGAGAGAGAGCGCCAUUUAUCCUCACUUCCUGUCAAUGGAGCUGAAACAGGAAAAGGUGCAGAAACACUGGGACGUGAAUGCAGGUAGAAUCAGGGGAAGUCAAAAUGACAGGAGGAAAGAAGAGUAGUAAAGUAAAUAGGAAGAACGAAGAUGAAUCAGAUACCGAAGAGAGGAGGAGUUAAGAGGAAGAGAGAAAAAGGGUGACAUAACAGCGUGAAUACUGAAGAGUUUAACGGAGUCGAGUAAUUACAGGGAAGUGUCUCGCUGUCCAUCAGGAAUGAAUGACAAUGACUUUUUUUUAAAUCCCACUGAUGCAUUUUCUAACUGCUAAUUGUGUGACAACGAACAUCCCUUUAACAAGAAUUUUAACGAGCAGGAUUAUACAGGCAUUACAUAACGGCACUGCAUACUCACGUGGGUGACCUGCGCCCUCUACGUAGGAGCCUGAGGGUUUAAGAUGAGAGGAGAGAACGGGAGACACUUACACGAUAAACGUACUGGCGGUCUGGCGACGUGUUUCCCAAACACCCUUUUCCCACACGACGUGGGACACAGUGUCGUGUCCCCACAAGCCAGAUAACGUCUGCUACAGGACGGCCAGUUCUCACACUGUGCACACUUCUAAAACUAUCCAAUGCAAGCUAUUGUCCACUGGAAAGGAAAUAUGCAUACGCGCAUUAAGUACACAAAUAGAGAGAGACGACACGGCCAGGAUGUGGCACCGCCUACACAAGCGGGCGAAAUGUAUCCACUGUUUACAUGAAUGUACGAAGUCAGACACCACAGAUACACACACGCGCGCACUCUUCGGGUGUGAUCUUCUGCUUACCAAAGUCUCUCUUGCUGUGACAAUGGACUCGAAGACGUUCGGAGAAAGGGCGACGGAGAGAAUGGAGGAGAUUGCGUCAUCUUCUGUGGUCUGAAUGGCAUUUGAGGGACAAAGAAUCAAAAGAAAAAAUCUGGAACUAAAGGCGAGGGGAAGAGUUCUUUUUAAAGGCCUGAAUGAAGGAACAUACUGCCAAGAACCCAAUUAAGAGGGGAAAAAGAAACUCAGAGUAAUCAUAGAAAUAUAAAAGGAAAUAAAUAAUAAUUCUCAGAAAAAAAAGAAGAUAAACUUGAGCAUUUAUCUGUGUUCUACCAGAAUAUGAUUGACUACACACACAGCUUCUGAUUUCUUGCUCUCAGAACCUAUGAAAACAAACUGUCCUAGAGUGACAUCCUGUGGCCGGAAUACUGAAUUACACUUGCUUGGAUUAUGUAUUGUAUACUGAACCCUAGCUUUGUAUUGCUCAAUUUUUUUACAAUUCAAUGUUACUAUUAAGCAAUUAUAGUUGAUAUUUACUAUUAUAAUAUAUUAUUUCUAUUUAUGACAAUAAUACAUUUAUUAAUAGAACAUUUAAUAAUAUUUAAGAUGAAUACUAAAUUGACUUGAGGAAAGGUGCAGUUUAAGGUAAAAUCAUUUUGUAGUUUUAUUUUACCAGAGGGAAAUAAAGUAUAUAUCUAUAUAACAUGCCA